AUGCCAGAACGACGUCAAGCAAAGUCCAGCUCCUCCACAACCCGCGCCCAAGGCGUUCGCCGCAACCUCUUCCAACAGCAUCUCAGCCGCCGCCCCACGACAUCCUCUACCUCCACCUCCUCCGAGACUCUCCGUCUGGACAUUGAGCCCGAUUCCGACUCUUCGGACAUUGUGAUUCGGGACAAGAAUGGGGAUUUCGAGAUUGAAGAUCCGUCGAUUCAGCCGUUUGAUGGGCCGGAGGAGGGGGGACAAAUAGAUCCGCAGGAGGACGAGAAGGAGAGGGAGAGACUGGCGGAUGCUGUCAAACAUCAUCAGAGGAAUAGGAACCGUGCGCCUAGCGAGCCAGCUGAACUACUUGAAGCCGUUCGGACAAGUCUGCGAGCAAAAGUAGCUAGACUAGCAGAGGACAAUUGGAUGUACGAGGCAGAAGAUGACCUGGGGCUUCGUUAA